AUGGCGACCGGUGAGAGGCGAUCAAAUCCCAGGUUGCUCAGAACAUCUUUGAUUCUGGACCAGGGCGACACACGCACGACUCGCCAUGGAGACUGUCUUAGACUGUGUACCUACAACGCGAGAAUAGUGUCCACAGACGCUGACACGCAUGCCCUUCUCGGAGCUGCAGAGCGUAUCAAAUUUCACAUGAUUGCUCUGCAUGAAACCAAGUGCAGAUGGGGCAACGCACGACAGAUGAAUGACGGUACACUCGUCAUUCGUGAAGAGAGGGUUUCGUUGCGAAGUGUAGAAGGUGUUGGUUUUGUUGUGCACCUAUCUGUCGUCCAUCUUCUCGAUUCUCAUGAGGUCCUCUCACCUCAUCUGGUCAUUCUUCGCCUCCGCCCUCUGCGCCAAACACCUGUCAGUAUCAUCAAAUGCUACUCACCAACAUCAUCAGCUGAUGAAUCCGAAUUGGACGCGAUUUACGAGGAGCUGGAGAAAGUAAUCUGCAACGAGAAGUUCUUCUACAAAUUCGUUGUCGGAGACUUCAACGCAAAACUAGGAAUAGCCACAGAAGAGGUAUACAGGAUCGGAAGAUUUGGACUAAAGGACCGGAAUGAAAAUGACAAUCGUCUCACCGGGCUGUUGUCCGCCGCUUGCCCCUUUCAUGGGAACUCUCUUCUCAUGAAGAAAAUUCAUCGUCGCUGGACAUGA